AUGAAUUCUACAACAUUUACAAAUUACACUUCAGCAGCAGUUCAGAAAUCGUUCCGUUCUCCGCAACUGAAAUUAAGCGAAAUUCUGACACUUCCAAUUUACGGAUUAAUUUUUAUAACCUCGGUUGUGGGAAACCUUCUGGUUAUUAUUACACUGGUGCAGAACCGAAGAAUGUGGACGGUAACAAAUGUGUUCUUGCUCAAUCUGUCAGUAAGCGAUCUUCUUCUCGCAGUGUUCUGUAUGCCAUUCACCAUAAUCCCAAUUAUGCUGAAGAACUUUGUUUUUGGUGAAAUCGUUUGUGUUUCAAUCAGAUACCUUCAAGGUGUAUCGGUAAGCGUGAGCUGCUUCACACUUGUGGCCAUCUCUCUGGAACGCUACUUUGCCAUAUGCCAGCCGCUUCAUUCUCGGAGCUGGCAGACCCUGAAGCACUCGUACAAGACCAUCUUGGUGUGCUGGAUAGCUGCCUUCUGUGUAUGCAUCCCAAUCGCUGUGUUCACCAAGCACAAUCAGACACCGUUUGGAAACUACAUGUGUCGUGAGAAGUGGGGAAACUCAACCCUGCACAAGGCUUAUACCCUGUUCCUGGACCUGGUCCUUCUACUUGCUCCGAUCCUGGUAAUGAGCAUAUCGUAUGGUCGGAUUUGUUACACACUUUGGAACGGGAUGAAAAUGGACAAGAAAGUAUUUGAGGAGCAAAACGGCAAUGGGGCCAUAUAUCACAAGUCAACUAUCAGCACAUCAAAAGACGGAUUUGGGAGAAGUAUCGGCACAAGUGAAUUGAAAGAUCUGACAAACAAGCGGAUGCGUUCGUCUAAAAUACGGUUCAAUGCACGGGGCAUCAGGCAAUCUAAUAACGAGAAAAGUCGGGUGUCGAAGAAGCGCGUUAUCAAAAUGUUGUUUGCCGUCGUACUGGAGUACUUUAUAUGCUGGGCACCGUUGUUUGUUGUCCAAACCUGGAUGACAAUUGAUCACGCACACGCAGUGCAGCACAUAUCUAACUUAACUCACACAUCAAUAUUUCUUCUUUCCUACGUGUCAUCAUGUUGUAAUCCUAUAACGUAUUGUUUCAUUAACAAAAAUUUUCGAGAGGGUUUCAGAUCGGUCUUUCGUUGUACUCGUUGCAAGGAAACUAUACGUGCCAGACAAGAGAUGCCUUCGUAUUAUCAUUAUAGUUCUUCGCGCACUGGCGUAAGUCAUAUGUCAACAUAUGACAAAGUUAAUGUCAAGGUAGACUCUGAUGAACUAUGA